AAACAAGAUCACUGGUGAAUCUUGUAGAACAUGGUGUUUCUCACUGGCUCCCUUCGAACGGCCGCUAGCGGGAUGUCGCAUACUUAGUAACUUCUUAAUCGGGCAGUAUGUCGUUAGUGCUUGUCUGUAAGCGCGUCGUCGACUGAGGUUACCAUGGAAAACUUUGAGCUAGAAGAAGCUACAGAAGGCGGCUCAGUCUACAUCUAUUAUCAACGUCGCCGAUCGCAUUCUUGCGGCGUAUUGGCCAUCGUCGCCUACGAGAACUCCAACGAGUCGACGGCUUGCAGUCACCUUACCCUAGCGCAGUAACUUCGGUUUUGUAUUUCAGGAGACAGACAUUCGCAAUGUGCAAGGCUAGAACACGUCCAGGGAAGGAGAUCUGCUCAUAACAAUAAAACCUACGAUGUCCAGCUAAUGCUUCUGCCUGACCGCAUGUGAUGGAGAAGUGGACUCGUUGGACCUUGAGUAGAGGAGAAUGCCAGCCUAAUCCACGUUCUCGAGACUUUCAUCAUCGCAGAACCUUCCCCAUCUUGUGCCUUGACAGCAGCUUUGACAGCAGCCUCACAACAGUUCUCAACAUCACCAACAUCGUGGGGUCCUUUCCCAAUCAGCCGUAACAGGACAGAUUUCGCCUGCGAAAGCCUGUCAACACGCAACAACCCAUUCUAAGAUGUCGUAGCCGCGGGCGCC